GUUCGCGCCAAAGUCACCAGCACACUGAACUAUCUGCGAGUAUUGUGGACGUCUUGUGCGAUAAGACUAACAAAAGAAUGAGCAAAUUUAGGAAAGAAACAGAAUCCAAGAACAAAUGUGUGGAGCUUGUUGGAUCAGAAGAUCACACGCAUGAUUUCACUGUAGAUGAAAUCCAGCAAAUUCGAGCCAAUCUGCUGACAUGGUACGACAAGAAUCGCAGAAAGCUUCCCUGGAGAGAGUUGGCGUCUCAACCUGAUCUAAAUAGGCGUGCAUAUGCUGUGUGGGUCUCUGAAGUUAUGCUGCAACAAACACAGGUCGCCACCGUAAAGGAGUAUUACAUUCGCUGGAUGGAGAAAUGGCCGACUGUUGAACAUUUGUCGCGUGCGAGUUUGGAAGAAGUGAACGAGAUGUGGUCAGGACUUGGUUACUAUUCGCGAGCAAAGAGACUCCACGAUGGAGCUAAAAAGGUCAGACUCUAAACUUAUUUAAAAGUUUGCCUUUUUUUCCCAGAAAAAAUUUUAAAAAAAGGUCAUGUAAGGUAGGCUGUAUGCUUCAGAAGUUACUUAACAAUUGAUCCACGAACAUUUACGAAAUAUUCGCGCAGAAUAUUUUUGAGUUAUUUUUUUCCAAAAAAAAAAACUCUGUGUUAGCGUGUAGAGUGGCAUGUUGCUCACACCAAUCAGAUCGCUGCUUAAGGGUAUGUAUCUCACAUCAAUCAGAUUGCCCGAUAAGGGUAUGUUUCUCACAUACUUAAUGUGGCAAUCUGAUUGGGGCAUCAAAGUCUUAAAAUCGACAAUGACAGCAGUCCCAACAUUACAGGUUGAAAUAUUUUGAUUUAUCUGACUUUUAACCAAAUGUUGUCUUGGAGGGAUCUUUUGUCAGUUGGUAUUGUGCAUAUGGUUUUUGUUGCCAAGGCCAACAUGUUUAAAAUUAAUAUUAAAUCAACUGGUCUUUUAAUUAAGGGUAUGUCAAACAUUAUUUGAAGGAGAUUGCAAAGGGGUUAACACUGCCCUAUUGUGCAUCUUUUUAUUAAAAUUUGUUCUUAGUUUAUUAUGCAUCCUUAACUCCUUUUUUUAUGCACAAGACAUUGGCUUCUGGGUUAAAACCAAAAUCUACCAAAUUUUAAAUACCUGUUGAUUGAAUCACUCUGAAAAGGAAGACUAUAGUCAGUACACCAUUCAUGAAUGGAAGCCAAUUAUGGGUCUAAGUGAACAGAAAGUGACUAAUGGAGAACAAUUUAUAAAAAUUAGCCCUACAAGAUGAAAGCAGGCUUUUGAGUCAUGAUAUCAAGAAAAAUUGAAAGGUUUGAGUGACUGGUUAAAGUAGCUUCUGAAAAUAUGAAACCAACUAUUUAUGUUGCAGCUUGCUGAAAGGCCAUAUAAUUACAGAAAUGGAUGAUGACAGUUGGUUAAGAGGAAAAAUGCAUUAGAAAAAAUUGACCUGAAAGGUACCAUCAGUAUUACUUGCUCUAAAAUGCAUUUUAUACUUUACAGGUUGUAGAGGAAAUGAAAGGAAACAUACCUUCCACAGCAUCUGAACUACUGAAACAGCUACCAGGAGUUGGUAAAUACACUGCAGGCGCUAUUGCUUCUAUUUCAUUUGGUGAGUGCACUGGAAUAGUUGAUGGAAAUGUGAUUAGAGUUUUAUCAAGGCUAUGUGGUAUUGGUGCUGUAAGUUCCAGUACUCAAGCUGAGCGGAAGUUUUGGGAGCUUUCUCAUAAACUUGUUCCUGAAGAUAGACCUGGUGAGUUUAAUCAGGCUUUAAUGGAAUUUGGAGCAACACUGUGUACACCUCAAGCUCCACGGUGUCAUGUAUGCCCUCUGCAAAGGAAUUGUAGUGCUUUAAAGCAAGUAGUGAAACAGGACACUCCAGUAUCCAUUCUGCAUAAAGAAAAAGGACUAACAUCCAGCAAUGGCAUAAAAGUUGAUAAACAUGUUGACAUUGAAGAAUGUAUCCUUUGCCUGCCAUCUUCACUGUGGAAGCCCUCCCUCGGUGUUUGCAAUUACCCACAGAAACCUAAACGGAAACAACCUAAAGAGGAGACUUUGGCUGUUGUUGUUAUUAAACAUGACAUGGAGGUGGGAUCUCAUUUUCUGUUGACUCAGAGACCCAAAACAGGACUUUUAGCAGGCUUGUGGGAUUUCCCUAAUGUUGCUGUAGAAUCAAAUCAAUCUGAUGCUUACAUGUUUACUACCCUUUGUAACUUCUUGGAAAACAACCUGGGUAUCACCCUCAAACAGAGGACUCAAAAAAGAAUAGCAGAGGUUUCUCAUAAAUUCUCGCAUGUUCAUCAUAAGUACAUGGUGUUUUCAUAUGAGCACCCUGAAAUCAAGCAUUUACUUCAAACCUCCCAAGAAAAAAGCAAAAUAAGGUGGAUAACAAGAGAAGACUUAGAUACUGCAGCUCUUUCCACAGCCAUGCGGAAAGUUUUCACUGCCUUCGAAAUGCACAACAGUGGUGAGAAUGAAAAACAAGCCAAAGUGGACAGGAAAAGAAAGAGACCAAAUUCUCAUGAUGGCAGAAAACAGAUGGUGCUUGAUGGAUUUCUCAAGUCAAAGGACCAACAAAAGUAAGAAGUCUUGGGUUUUGUGUGGUGUAUUUUCCCAUGUCAAUUCACACCAGAACCAGUUUACACUAGUGUUGUUCCUUCCAUGCUCUAUUGCAUUGUCACAUAUACAUUGUAGUGAAAGUGCUAGUGGGCUUGUAGUAAAUGACUGUUGGAAAGGUAGCUUGAGGAGACAUGUACUUUUAAUGGACCAAGUUGGUAAGAAGAUUUAACCACUUAUAACAGUUUUGGACUUUAGAUUGCCAAAUUAACACUGACAGUCAACUUUCAAUACCUUGAAACCAGUGCUUUCAUUAAUACCUGGCACCUGCAGGUAUUUUGUUGUGAAUUCCCAGGUAUACUUUGUCACAUUCAAGUCAAGUUUUCAGAACAGAAAAAUAAAUAACAAAGAAAACAAUAGUCAAUUUUAAUGUCAAAAUAUUCACCUUGUUAUUUAUUUUUCAAAUUCCUUGGUCUUUGAUUGUUGGAUUUAUUCUUUCACUGGCAGUGUUUGUUUUGUGUAUUUCUAGUAAAUUCAUCAUGCACGAAAUAGAAGUAAACAUCAUCAGUUACUCAAAAUAAUUUCCAAGCAACUUUGUGUUGAAGUAAAAUCGUUAAAGAUUUUUGGACCAAUCAAAACAACAAUUAUAGUUCUUUUCAACUGCCAGUUAGAAAAUCAAAAUUCUCAAAACAGUGUUCUUGUUGAAGACACACAUGUAUGAUAUUCGGAACUUUUUUGCAAAGAUGUUUCAAAAUUUUGUCAUAAAAAUCCUAUCUUGAAGCUAAAAAUACAGAGAGAGUAACGAAAACAGCCCUUGAAGACUUAGCACAUAAACUUUUAUUAACAAAGGCUGCAUUUGCUGUGAAAAGUGAAGAAGACCAUGUUCUCAUGAUUACUGGUUAGCUAGAAUGUGAGUAAGUGAGAGACUUUUAAUUAUUUUUUGUAAAGCAAUGGGUAACUCAACAAUUGUUUACAAUCUGAUAGGAAACACAUGCUGUGGGUACAGUAAGAAUUCAUUGGUAGAUUGAUUAAUUCAAUUAUCUAUGUAAACAUGAGCGGCUAAAUCCAUCAACACUUCUGCAGAUGAGAGUCUCAAUUAAAAUAAACUGGUAGAAUUCACAUGUGUAUUUUUAAUUUCACCCAGUUCACCCAUUGCAAGCAUAAGAAAACCCUAAACAAAGAUCAUGUAUUACAAUGUGAGUAAAAAACAUGAUGUACAAAUGGAAAAUGAUAUGAUCUGGUUUGGCCAAGCAAAGGAAGGUUUGGAUUGUGGCAUCAAAAUUUGUGAACUUGUACAUAUGGAAAUUUGAUACUAACAGGAUACUAUCUUGCAUUAGUUUUGCAGACUUCUGCCAUGUUUAAUAAAGACCAUGUGGUUAGAGUGAGAUAAGACAUAUAUAAUGACAUCUCCCCUCUAAACAACUAUGCAGAGUAAUAUACAAGCAAUUAAAAUAUCAAUAUUGUUCACAGUUCAUUGUCCAAGAAUUAUGUAAAAAUAGGUCCGCAAUGUGUAUAUGUGUGGCUUACAAAAUUGAGCUGCUUUUUAGUGUCUGGUAUCUCAUUGGGUUUCAAUUAGAAGAGCUACUAUCUGAUAACCAUUAGAUAGUUUUCAAUAUCGAUCCUGUUCAUCAAUAACACAGGAUAAAUAGCAUACAAAAGUCCUGAAAUGUUCAUUCUGAAGAUGAGAGUUAUUGGCCAAACUUUGUUAUUGGAGGUCUCAUUUUGACAAUAAAGGUUGCACAUGUAACCCAAGGAUUUUAGGAACUAAAAAAACAUCAGCAUAAUCUCCCAUAGUGGUCUGAUAGAUUCAGUCAUGAUUAUGUUUAUGUAAUGAAGUGGAAUUGACUUCUGAAGUUUGUAGGUUGAUUGUCUUUUCCAAGGCAAGUGAUGUGAAAUGAACUCUAGGGAAGAAUUUCAUAUGAAUAUUUUUGACAUUUUGUGUACCAGUACACAAGGACAAAACUUUGCAGAAGGGCAGGGAUAUUUGGGAAAUGAUGCAAUCUACACUAGUAGCCAUUGGGAGCUUGAUUUGGUUUGAAUGUAUGACUAAUUUUGGACAAUACAUACAUGUAAAGUAACACAAUGCUGAGUGUAGGUUUCUUUAGUCCAUUAGGGCAUAAAGUUCAACUUUCAGUUGGUUGAGAGCAAAACUUUUACUAUAAUCAUUGUAUUUAGGUUUUGUGGGACUGUAUUUUCAAUAAAGAACAGAAAAAUUUAGCUCAGAUAGGUAGAUAUGAGGUUGUAAAUGGAAGAGUCUAGAGAAAAAAGAUAGGUGCAUUACAAGAUCAGAACACAAGCAAUAUUUUAAUGAAUCAUGUGUUGAGUUAAGUACUCUGAAGUUACAUUUCUAACAGUUUUUAACCCAAUAAGAUUUAUAAUUUGACCUGGAGGUUUAUUUAACAGAAAGUUCAAUAGAGAUAGAGUGUCACCAUGAUAGAUUUCAGGAACAGUAAUCAGAGACACAACUUAAACACAGCAGAGUUAAAUGUACAGGCAAGUGCAUAAUGGUAUCAUAUGAUUUAAACUACCAGAAGCUUUCAAGUUUUCUUAUUAUUGAAAUUGUAAUUUCAUGCCAGUGAGUCUACCAAAUUCAAGUUAUUUGGAGAAAUGAAUAGAUGAACUUGACACCAUCAUGCAAAUGGUCGACUUCACAUCAUCAUGCAAAGUGCUAAUCUACCGUACAAAAAGGUCUAAAACAAACAUGGCAAGCAACUGAACUUCAUGUAUCACUCUGUGUUAGAGCCCACAAGAGGACUUGUGAGACUUGCUACACUCUCACUUGCCAGAACAAGAUUGAACUUCUGGUAACAAUCAAAAUUCAGAAUGACUGUGACAGUUUGGAACUGAUCUGUUAAGACUGUGCUUUUAAGGGGUCUACAGAUAUGAUUAGAACCCCUGGGUCUCCAAGGAUACCUGAUGGUUAUCUAAUGUGUGUGCAGUUUAAAGUAUUUGAAAAAUUUACAAGUGCUUAUCAUAUGAGAAAUCAUGUUAUUAAUUAUUCAUUAUGUAUAUAUGAAAGAUACACAUUUUCAGGAAAUCAACAAACUGAUGGCAGAUAAAUUUGACAGUAUUGACUAAAUGAAGUUUGCCAUCAAAAUUUGUCCUUCAGCUGAAUUCUUACUCAGGAAAGCAAUUUUGUUAGUGUUUAUCAAUAUACAUAAAAGUAUCUCAGCUUUUGUAUAUUUUUGUCAGCUACUGUAUGUAUCAAUCAGAACAAACUACUUUGUGUAAAUCUGAUUGGUUUCUAAUGUGAUCUAUUAUUGCUGAGCCUAGUUUAUAUUAUUUUGUACAUGAGUUAUUACUUCACUAAUGAUAAAUGAAAAAGGCACCUAGUUAUUUUCAGCCAAUCAAAAAAGUGUAAUUUUUCAUGUAUGUCAGUAUUGUGAUGAAUUCACCAAACCAAACAAGUAACUGGAAAGGAGUUGUAGUCUACCAAAUAAAGGCCUAAUACACAUGUAUUGCUACCAAGUAUAGAUACCAAUGCUUAUCUGAACCAUUAUGAAGAGAAUCUAGAAGACUGCUAAGCUUGAAGGAAG